GCAGGAGUGCGGCGUGCUCCCCCCCGCCCCCGCCUUCCCGACGCUGAUUCAAGGGACCCUGGAUGAAGUCAACGGCACCAUCGAGGCGGACUCCGAGCGGGUCCAGGCGAUGGUGGAGGACAUGCUAUGGCACCAUCAAGGCGGACUCAGAGAGGUUCCAGGCGAUGGUGGUGGACACGCAGGAGCACGUGAGCGGGUUCGACAGCGACGGCGUAGGCUUCGAUCGGGCCUCCGAGUCGGAGCAGGUCGGGACGACGCCGACUGAAGGGACCCUUGAUGAGGUCAAGGACACCAUCGAGGCGGACUCCAUGCGGGUCCAGGCGAUGAUGGAGGACAUGUUGGAGCCCGUGAACGGGGUCGACAGCGGCUUGGAUCGGGACUCCGAGACGGAGGAGGCCGGGACGACGCCGAGGCUGCCGACGGUGCCGCACACCGUCGAGGUCGCUAAGCAGGGGGGCGCCGCGGAGAGCGAGGUGGAGCUCGGCAAGCAGCAGCGCCUUGGCUCCGUGAUCAAGGCCAACCAGGAGGCCUACUCGCGGGUGGUCGCCGCGCGCGCCGCCCGCCUGGCCCCGUGGCGAUUCGCCACCGAUGUGCUGGUGGGCGAGGUGCUGGAGGCCCUUGUCGGGGCGGCGGAGGUUCAGGUCGAGGUCUGCUCCGAGGUGCCGUCCGCCGCGGCCCAGGAGGUCCAGGGGUUCGAUGAGGCGACGGUGGCGCUGAUCGAGUCCCGCUACCAGAGGGCGAAUGCCAUGGGGCUCGGUGGGGUGGACCGGGACAGCUUCGCGCCGUGCAUGGCCACGUUGAAGCUCCUGGCCGCAGCUCCAUCCGAGGGCUGAGUGGGCGGCAGCUACGCGUAGUUGCUGGGCUCGGCUCGAAAAACUAGUUUUUUCUGGGGGCGGCCUGGGGGCUGCCUCGGUUCGUGCCGCGGGGUCCUGGGUGUGGCCCUGGUGGCCGCGUUCGGUUGCCCGUGGGUCUCCGUCCCCGCGGGGGUGGUGGGGCCUUGGCCACGGUUCCCCCCUCCUGGGAGGUCCGUCGCUGUGGUGCACCUGUCUGGUGAGGCCCUCGGGCUCCUCGUCGCCUCUCCCGCUCGCGAGCCGCAGUGUCGGCAGGUGGACUUUUUGUCCGCCCAACCCAAUAUCAUACCUCCUCCUCCUCCUCCUCCUCCUCCUCC